AACUCAAGUCAACAACUCACUAUGUCAACUGCAUCCAAAGUAACAUUUGGCUUAUCCUGUGUAUUUGCAGGAGCUACAUUUGUAUACAUCAACUAUGUCCAUCAAUUAGAAAGAGAUGCGUUGAGACAAGGUCCUAUUAAGGACAAGGCAAGAAUGCAAGAUAAAUUCAAUAAGAAACAAUUAGCCAAUGAAGCUGAGCACAGGGAACAAACAGAGUUACGUGAAAAGCUUGUCAAGAUGCAACCAUUAUCCAGUGAAAUUAUUCGAGGAGAGGAGAAGGGCUGAGAAGAUCUUCAUCUUAUUAGUCUAAACUUGUACAUAGAGAAUAAUAUAGAUUUAAUGUAAAUAUAUGAGAUUUUAGUUUGUAUGUAUGUGUUCUUGGAGACACCAGAAGGUAGGAGGGGAUAUAGUAUCCUCUAAUCUCUAAUGUACUAUGAUGCACGUUAUUUCUUCUACGAAGUUCUAUACAUUGAAUCGUCAAACAAUCCAGAAUCAAAAGUCUUGCUUCAAUCGACUUGCCAAAACGGUUCGUCAAAAAUAGAGAAGAUGUUUGAUCAUAUCGUUGAACUCUCAAAAGAGAAUUCGAUCGUUCCAAGACUUUAGUGCCAGAUCUAAAAUUCAAUAAGAUUUUCGAUAAU